AUGUGGAUAAUUCAAAAGCUAACGCUUCUAGCAGCCUUUGCAAAGUCACAAAUGGCUGAGCCGGAUUACUCAAAGACACUUUUUCCAGAAGUGCUCCUCGACGACUGUGAUCACCAAGAAGCUGUUCUCAAAGCUCUCUUGAGCACAAACAAGGAUUGCGACAAUGACAUCCGGUGGAAGAACUUCCGCCGGCUGCGUCGCAUCCCCUGUCCUGAGAAUCAGGCCGAGGUAGACCUCGCCAGUUUGAACUGUGUUGCCGAACUGCAAAAACAGGUUUCAGAUGACACUAUCGCUACUAGAAACGGCGUUUUAACAUCAACUGUGACAGUCGAAGACAUGACGAUUUACUGCAAUCUCUAUCUCAAAUUAAAAUGCGAAAAGGCCCUUCCCUGA